AUGAAUCAAGCUCCAAAUACACCUGCAAAUAAUUCUCUUCUUACUCCCAGUACUUGUGACUCAACUAAUUCAAUAAUAAAAUCAACAAAUUUUACAGGUUCCGUACCAACAUCACGAUCUGAAAUUCGUCAUAAAAGUGAAAUUGAAAUCGAAGUUAAACAUGAUAAACAACGAUCAAUAAAAACUAAUACUAAUAAUAAUAAUACAAAUAAUAAUAAUAAUACUUCACCAUCAUCGACAUCAUCUUUUCCACCUGUUUUACGACCAACUACAUCAAUAAAUAAACGUACACCAACAAUACUUUCCGAUGAACAAUCAAUAUCUCAACAAUAUCAAUCAGUUAAACGUCGUAUUCAAACAAAUUCAAUUCAAACUCAAACACCACCAUUACAAAUCAAUCAACAUGAUCAUCAUGUACAACAACAACAACUUAAAGCAAUAACGGAUGAGUCAUUAUCAAAAAAUGAAAAAAUUCAAGCACUUCUACGUGAACUAACUGAUAGCCAGGCAAUAAUCAAACAGCAAGAACAACAUUUAGCAAACGGCAAGAAGGAUCGCGAUCAGUUGUGUUUUAUUGUUGAUGAACGUUCGAAUGAAUUACGUAAUCUAAAACAAAAGAAUGAACAAUUGGAGCAAAUGAUAAGAAAUGAGCAAGAACACAGCAACGAUGAAAAGAAACUCUUAUCUUUAUUACAAGAAUCUCAAGAAGAACGUGAUGAGCUAUUAAGUCAACAACGACAAACACAUGAACGUAUACAAAAAUUAGAAGAACAAUUAAAAUAUUAUGAAACUGAUGCUGAUAAAAUGCAUGAUAAUGUUUUAUGUUCAAAAAUCAAACUUGAAAAAAAAACCGAAGAAAAUGAACGUUUAAUAAAUGAAUCCAAUGAAAUGAAAAAACUAUGUGAUCGUUAUGAACAAGAAAAUCAAAAAUUAAAAAAUCAAAUUGAAAAUGAUCGAAAAAAAGUUGAAGAAUGUACAAAAUUAAAGACUUUAUCUGAUAUUGAAUUACAAAAUAUACAAGAAAAAUUACGUACACAACGAUAUGAACAUGAAACAAAGAUUGCGACAUUAGAUGAUUCAUUAAAAUAUUCUCAAAAACAAUAUCAAACAUUACAACAAAAUCAACGUACAAUUGAAGAUAAACAUGAAAAAGAAAUUCAUGAUUUAAAACAACAUAUUAAUGAAUUAGAAAUGAAAAUUGAAGAAGUUAUUAAAGAUAAAGCAUUAGCAUCGAUACGUUGUGGAGAAUUGAUUGAAGAAAAUCGUAAAUUAGAAAAAGCUUUAAUUGAUAAAGAAGAUGAUUAUGAAGAAAAAAUUGCUGAAUAUAAAGAAAAAAAUUCUUUAUUAUCAACACAAAUUGAAGAUGUCGAAAAAAAAUUAACUGAUACAAAAAAACAACUGGAAUAUAUUACGCAAGAAAAAGAUGAAACAUUAGCUGAUAUGUUAAUUGCUGUACGAGUUGCAAGUGAAAUGCGACAUGAUGCUGAAGAUCGAUUAACAAAAGCUACAGAUGAUCUUAAACGUGUUACGGAACAUAUUGAACAAGAAAAAGCAAUUAAUAAAGAAGUUCAACGAAGACAAAUGCAAUUACCACCAACAAAUCGUAACAAUAAUCCACAUAAUAAUGCAUUAUGUGAUUUUGGCCAUAUAAGAAUCAAAGAAAUGAUUCGAACAUUAGAAGCGAAUUCUCGAAAUAGCUCUUUAACUACUCAUAUUGAAUCUCCAAUUCGUCAACGUCCAUUAUCCCAACCAUGUACACGUACAGAAACAAGUGCUUUAUUAACAAAUAGUCAUCAUCAUCAUCGACAAUUUGGUACAACAACAGAUGAUGCAAAACUUUUAUCAACAACAACAAUAACGACUACAACAAAACAUACAAUAUCACCAUCAACAUCUUGUUUAAAUAAUAGUCAUCGAUCAGAUAUAUCACUUCGAUCGAUAACGAAUGAACAAUAUGAUGAAAUGAAGUCAAUUGUUGAAGCAGUUUUUGCACGAAUGCCAGGAAGUGUUUGUAAACGUGAUGCAUUAUUAAAAUGGUGUGGAGAAAAAUUAGCAAAUUAUGGAAUUUCAAUAACGAAUUUUUCAAAUUCAUGGAUAGAUGGAAUUGCAUUUUGUUCAUUAUUACAUUGUUAUCUACCUGAUUGUAUUGAUCUUGAAACAAUUAAAAAAGAAACAAAGAAAAAACGUUUCGAAAUAGCGUUUAAUGUUGCUAGUAGUGUUGGAAUUGUAUCAAUAUUGGAUGUUGAAGAAAUGUGUUCGUCAGAAUGGCCCGAUUGGGAACGUGUUAUGUAUUAUGUUGCAUUAAUAUUUCGUCAUUUUGAAGGUUUAUCAACAAGUCAACCAAUUUCACCAUCAAUGCCAAUACCACAAGCAACAUCAUCACCUCUUUCUUCAUCAAAUUCUUCGCCAUCAUUUUCAAGUUCAUCAUCAUCAUCGUCAUCGUCAUCUUCAUCAUUAUGUGCAGCACUUCGAACAUCAAAUUCUAUCCCAACUACUCUUUGUUCAGCAUUACAGACUGUAUAA